UGGAGAAGUGAUUAUCUCUGCUGACCUCAGGCAGACUUCUUUGCAAAUAUCCGGUCUUCCGACGGCCAAGACCGCUUGAUGUGACUAUCCCACGCGGUUCCUUGCGACCUGCCAUUCGGUAGGUAUGGACGAUGCGAAGCGCCGGGGCUGUUUUCUCAGCUGCGUGGCACAUGUACGACGCAGAGUGAUGGCCAUUAAAUUAAAUCAUGACCUAAUCAUUACUACCACUCGAUACUCAGGCAACCUCUACUUUCCCCCUCCUGAAUACCAUCCCUCUCCGAGGAGAAUAUUUGUGUCCUCCUUCGACCCGUGUCCUGGAUGCCAAUAUGAGACCGAAGGACCCCUGGUAUCUCCGCCCCGGGAGGAAUAUCUGAUGUCCCUGGUUAAUUAUUUUUUUUUCCACCUCUCCAACGAAGAAAAACUGAGCAAUCAUAACGACCCAAGCAUCAUCGCACUGCAAUGGUCAAGCGACGGUGCCGGAGUUGGUGUCAGGAACGGCAACGGAAUGACCUCUCAGGAGCGCCAUGUACCAUCAGCAGUGGGGAUGAAACAACUCUGCGGCCGCCGUGUCUCAGCGUAUCGCCAGCCAACCAAAGUACUAUUAGUGCUGUGCAUGACUGUGGAGUGUGUGAUCUACGAAGUAUGAUAGGUAAACUUUCUUCCCUGUUGUAUCUUACGGAUUAAUCCAACAUACUUCCAACUGUAUACUUUAAGGUAGUAUCAGUUUUCUUUCAUUCCUUUGUUUUUGGAACCUAUUCGUUGCACAGAAGCGUGUCGAGACUCCUGAACCGAUCUAAAAUCUGGUCCCGACAAUGGACUUUUGGUGUCAAUGCGCGCGGGUCAACCCCACCCAGUGGGUAAAACUUAAUACACAUAGUAAAUUGUGGACUUCGUUUACAACUCUUUUUAUUGUCACAAGGGCCAAAUGAGAGCGGAUAUAACUCCCGCCAUGGAGGUCCUUCUGAUUAACGAAUUACCAUUCCAAG